AUGGAACCUAGAAACCAAACAGGUGUUUCAGAAUUCCUUCUCCUGGCACUGACAGAGGAUCCUGAAAUGCAGCCUCUCUUCUUCAGCCUGUUCCUGUCCAUAUAUCUGGUCACUGUCCUGGGAAACCUGCUCAUCACCCUGGCCGUCAGCUCUGACCCCCACCUCCACAUCCCCAUGUACUCCUUUCUUUCCACUCUCUCCUUUACUGACAUCUGUUUCAGCACCACCACGAUCCCAAAGAUGCUGGUGAACCUCCAAGCACAGAAUCAGAGCAUCACUUAUGCAGGAUGCCUCACCCAGGUCUGCUUUGUCAUGAUUUUUGCUAGUUUGGAAAAUUUUCUUCUUGGAGUGAUGGCCUAUGACCGCUAUGUGGCCAUUUGUCACCCACUGAGGUACAUGGUCAUCAUGAACACCCGCUUCUGUGGCCUGCUUAUUCUAGUCUCCUUGCUCGUUAGCAUUGUGGAUGCCCUGCUCCACAGUCUGAUGUUGUUGAGACUGUCCUUCUGUACAGACCUGGAAACCCUUUACUUAUUUUGCGAAGUUUUUCAGGUCGUCAAAGUUGCCUGUUCUGAAAUCCUCACCAAUAACAUCAUCUUAUAUUUUGCAGCUAGCAUACUGGGUGUUGUUCCCUUCUCUGGAAUCAUUUUCUCAUAUACUCAAAUUGUCUCCUCCACUUUGAGAAUGCCAUCAGCAGGUGGAAAGUAUAAAGCUUUUUCUACCUGUGGGUCUCACCUCUUAGUUGUUUCCUUAUUCUAUGGGACAGCUUUUGGUGCAUAUGUAAGUACGACAUUUACACACUCUUCUUGGAAGACCGCAGUAGCUUCAGUGGUGUACACUAUGGUAACUCCCAUGAUGAAUCCCUUCAUCUAUAGCCUGAGAAACAGGGACGUGAAAGGAGCCACAAGAAACCUUAUCAGGUACACAAUUGCUUUUCAGUGAUUAUAUUAUCUGCUUUGGGUUUGGAUUUCUGGAUUGAGUCAAAGUGACAAAGUACCCUUGAGCCAGAAUGCCUGACUUUUCCAUUACCAUAUUCUUCUAAAAUGAAGAGAUAACAUAAUGGCUAAGUGUAAUUAAACUUGGGGUUGAAAUCUGACUUCACUCUUUGUGUAGCUCUGUGCUGUUUGACAAAUUAUUUCAACUCUGUAAAAUCAAUUUCAUUAGGUUCCAUAGAAGCAGAGCCUGAGGUAGGUUUUGUUAUAGUGAUUUUGGGGAAACAUUCUCAGAAGAAAGAAUGAGAAAGUGGAAUGGGCUGGUGAAGGAUGUAAGCAAACCAUAACUUCAGCUUUAUCCACUGAUAGAUUCAUGUGAAUGGCACCCCAGGGUUAGUCUCACUGAGUGACAAGGCAUCUGACCUUUCAUGCCCCAAUUUAGAAAUUAUUACGACUGUCAUUGGUAAGCUGCAUGUGCCCCUGGUGUCAUCAACAUUCAUCACAUUCAACUUGAUCCUGUAUAAAAUUGGCUGAUUAGAUUAUUGCUGUGGCUUCAGGUGAUUGUGAGAUAAUUGAAACUUAUCACCGAGGAAGGCUUUGGUAUUACGAAGAAAACAACAACCCUGACUCUAAAUGCUCAAACAAUAAAGAGAGUUAUCUUUCAUUACAAGGACAUCAGGGAUUGGAAAUGCAUAGAAACAGGACAGUAGGACUUCAUUCAUUUCCCCACGAGGUGCCUUCAUCCUAGGAAUGGUCUCCCUCAUGGUCACAGAUGGCUGCAAGAGAGUCACGUGUCAUAGCCAGACAUCAUGCUGAGACACAAAACUGACUCUUCAUGGACCUACUGUGAAUAGAGGACCUAUUGUUAAUACACCUUUCCAUAGAAUCAUACAAAAGACAUCUCCUCCCAUCUGAUUGCUGAGAAUAGCAUCAUAUAUCCCUUUCUAAUCAAACUUCCAUUUGUUGUUAUUCUUAGGUGCCGUUCCGUCAGUUCUGACCCAUAGCUAUCCUACACACAACACAACGAAACACUGCCUGGUUCUGAGCCAUCCUUACAAUCUUUGUUAUGCUUAAGCUCAUUGUUGCAGCCAUUGUGUCAAUCCACCUCAUUGAAGGUCUUCCUCUUUUUUGCUGACCCUGUACUUUGCCAAGCAUGACAUCCGUCUCCAGGGACUGAUCCCUCCUGACAACAUUUCUGAAGUAUUUAAGAUGCAGUCUCACUAUCCUUGCUUCUUAGGAGCAUCCUGGCUCUAAUUCUUCCAAGACAGAUUUCUUCACUCUUUUGGCAGUCCAUGGUAUAUUCAAUAUUCUUCACCAACACCAUAAUUUAAAGGCGUAAAUUCUUCUUCGGUCUUCCUUAUUCAUUGUCCAGCUUUCACAUGCACAUGAUGCGACUGAAAAUACCACGGCUUGUGUCAGGCACUCCUUAGUCUUCAAGGUGAUAUCUUUACUUUUCAACAUUUUGAAAAGGCCCUUUGCAGCAGAUUUGCCCAAUGCAAUGCGUCUUUUGAUUUCUUGACUGCUGAUUCCAUGGCUGUUGAUUGCGGAUCCAAGUAAAAUGAAAUCCUUGACAACUUCAAUCUUUUCUCUGUUUAUCAUAAUGUUGCCCGUUGGUCCAGGUGUGAGGAUUUUUUUUUCUUUAUGUUUAGGUGCAAUCCAUACUGAAGGCUGUGGUCUUUGAUCUUCAUCAGUAUGUGCUUCAAGUCCUUUUCACUUUCAGCAAGGAAGGUUGUGUCAUCUGCAUAAUGCAGGUUGUUAAUGAGUCUUCCUCCAAUCCUGAUGCCCUGUUCUUCUUCAUAUAGUCUAGCUUAUCAGAUUAUUUGCUCAGCAUACAGAUUGAAGAGGUAUGGUGAAAGAAUACAACCCUGACCCACAACUUUCUUGACUUUAAACAAAUCAAUAUCCCCUUGUUCUGUCCAAACAACUGCCUCUUGAUUUAUGUAAAGGUCCCUCAUGAGCACAAUUAAGUCUUCUGGAAUUCCCAUUCUUUGUGAUGUUAUGCAUAAUUUGUUAUGAUCCACACAGUCCAAUGUCUUUGCAUAGUCAAUAAAACACAGGUAAACAUCCUUCUGGUAUUCUCUGCUUUCAGCCAGAUCCA